AUGGAUUCCAUUUCCAUGAGAUACCAAGAAGAUCAAAAGUCACCAUCUUCUCUCCCUUCCCCCAAAACUCAAACCCCUUCCCCAAGACCCAUAACAAGAUCCGAACCCGGUAACUCAUACCCAACAACGUUCGUUCAAGCAGACACAACCUCUUUCAAACAAGUAGUUCAAAUGUUAACCGGUUCCUCGGAAACAUCAAAACAAGCUUCUUCUUCUUCUUCCAAACCAAACCACAACAUUCCUCCAAUCAACUCCAUACCUAAAAAACAACAACAAUCUGGUUUCAAACUCUACGAAAGAAGAAACUCACUUCAUAAAAACCUCAACAUCAACCCUUUAUUACCCAUUUUCUCCUCCACCUCGAACAACAUCAACAACUUCAACAACAACAACAACAACAACAGCAACAACACAUCUUUCUCACCUCGUACUAAACAAGAGAUCUUGUCACCUAGUAUCCUAGAUUUUCCUUCCCUUGUUCUCAGCCCGGUUACACCUCUUAUACCCGACCCGUUUGACCGAUCCGGAUCAACUAGAAGCUCUUGCUUGAACGCGGAAGCUGAAGACAAAGCGAUUAAAGAGAAAGGAUUCUUUUUACAUCCUUCACCAGUUUCAACUCCGAGAGAUUCUGAACCUCGUUUGCUUCCUCUUUUUCCUACGACUUCUCCUAGGGGUUCAGGUCCUUAUUCUGCAUCUUGA